AUGUCCUUGAUCGUCACUCUCAAAGUGCGUCCUCCUCUCGUCAUUCCCUCCCGGUCUGACGAUCAGUGUCACGAAAGCAUCACCGUGUGGCCGGCACCUCUUCAGCCAGCUGAGACUCCGCCUGCGAUGGAUGCCGACGCCUCCCCUGGUGAUUCGACCUCACCCGGUGAUUCAAUCUUUCCCGGUGAUGUAGCCUCGCCCAGCGAUACAACAUCUCCUGGUGCUGUAGCCUCUCCUGGCGAUGAGGCCAAGCAGGUCGGUGACGAGCCCAAGACUGAAACCCAGACUCCCUCCAACCGCCGUCCCCCUCAUGUUCUCGCACCCGACGUCCUCCUCUGUCUUCGAUCAAUCUGCCGCAAAUGGGAGGUCAAAAACCUUUACGAAUUCUUCACCAUCCCCCAGGGGGACCCCUACUUUCAUGACUACCUCCCUGCCCGAAUUCGUCCCACAAGCCUCACCCGCGACGGCUUGCAAAAGCUGCGCUACAUUUCUGAACACUGCGACCGCGACGAGGCUCGCUUAAGAAUCGCUUCCACCUCCAUGAACCAGCCUGAGCAGUUCCAAGGACUCGUUCGCCCAUGUGUGCUCGACUGGGUCAUUGCUAGCUUGCAAACGGAUAAAGGUCUGGUCAAUUCGGACCAGCAACCCACCAAGAUGCCUGCUAAGAAAAGGAUGCAGAAGAAGCGGCAGGAGAAGGAGGAGCAGAAGGAGCAGGAGCAGGAGCAGGAGGCGGAGAUGGAGAAGCAGAAGGAGAAAGAGAUGGAACAGGCCGCGGCACCCGGCCAGAUUAUCUGCCUUUCAGACUCCGACAAGCAGUCGAAUUCUCCAUCAUCGGCUCCUGCUAAUACCAACGCCGAGCCAACGUCCGAGAUGGCAAGUCCAAGUAUCCUUCAGAAUCAGACUGGGAACCAGCAGCCCCAGCCCCACGUUAUCCCGGCCCGACAGCCUCGUGAAGGCAUAUGGAUUAUCCCCACGAACCAAAAGCUUCCAGGCCAAACGUCUCAAGCCCAGAUGCCUCCAGUCCAGGUGCCUCCAGGAUACCUGCCCCCAGGCUACCUGCCUGAAGCCUACCUGCCUCCAGGCUUCGGUGUCUUCCACGGCUCCUGGCACGUGUCUCCCAAUCCACGCCCAGACGCGCUGUUGACGACCCCCUUCGUGCACCGACCCAUUCCCUACAGACAACCUCCUCCAUCUGGGACUGUGCAAAUCGCUCCUAUGCCUAGAGCUCUGAUGUCUGCAGAUCAUGCGCCUGGAGCUCCCAUGCCUGGAUUUCAUAUGCUUGAUGUUCCUUUGCCCGGAGUUUCUAUGCCUGGGGUUUCUAUGCUUGUACCUUCUAUGCCCGGAGCUCAUACGCCUGGAACUCAUGCGCCUGUAGUUGCUAUGCCUGGAGCUCCCAUGUCUCGACAGGUCAACACGGUCCAAGCUGAUGAGAGUGAGAUCAAAGCCAUGGAGGACGAAAAGGCCCGUCUCCUAGCCUUGAUCAACUUCAGAGAGGAGCGCAUGCGCAUCCUCUCCCUGUACGGAGAGCGCAUGGACAUCCACCCGCCGCCAUCACUAGAGGACAAGGUCAAGGCCGCGUACGCAAUGCUCAAGGCCCUGGACGCGCUCGUGCCGCCGCCGAACCUGAGGAGCAUCAUCACCACCAAGGAGGGCGCGUGGGGCCAGGCAGUCAUCCAGCCGCAGCUGAACAGGCUUCGCAAGUUUGUCGAGGACCCGGAGCCCGGCGAGGAGAACCCCUUCGACUCGCGCGUGAGCUUCCUCUCCGAGGCCCACAUGAAGACGGAGAUGGUCACGCAGCAUUGCGAGACUGACCCUUUGCUGGCUGACAUGAGGAAGCUUGUCCAGAAGGCUCGGAGGGUCGGUUACCAGAUGAUUCUCCUGCGCCGGACGCAUAUCCAGCUCGUGCACCCACAGCGACGACGGCUGCCUCGACAGCCAGAGAUACGUCUCCCCCACGUCCUCGCCCCUCAUGCUGACCCCCGUCUGCGUCUUCUCGCUGUCCUCGUCGGCGAUGGGCCCGUUGGCGAUGGCGUGGACGACGUGCACGCCGAACUUGCUGUGCUCCUUGGCGAUGGCCUGGGCGAUCAUGCGCACGCUGGCACGCGAGGCCCCGUACGACGCGUAGUUCUGGUUCGUGCGCAGGGCUCCCAGCGUCCCCGUGAAGAUGAUGGUGCCUUUGACGGCGCCCGCGGUCUCAGCGAGGGGCGUCUGGCCGCCGUGCUGGGCGUACAUGAGCUUGAGGGCCUCCUGGGCGAAGACGACGGCGCCGGUGGUGUAGGUCUGCAUGGUCUCGUUGAAGGCCUCGGGCGUCUCCUCGAGGAAGGGCUUGCGGGCGGCGUUGCGGACGUGGUAGAUGGCCAGGGCGAGCUUGAGGUCCUUGAAGGCGGGCUCCGCGGCGAUCUGGGCAAAGGUGGCCUUGAGGCGGUCGGGGUUGGUGUUGGUGGCGAAGGCCUGGAGGAUGCCGCCGUUGGACGAGACGCGCAGGUCCGAGGCGAGGGCAUCGAGGGCGUCCUUGUUGCGGGCGAGGAGGGCGACGGCCAUGUUGCCCUUCUGGGGAUCGGCGAGGACACGGGCGAUGCCGGCGCCUGA